AUGUCCAGCUCAUCAGCGAGUAGCGACCAGAAUCCCUAUGAGUACUACGCGAGCUUUACAGAUCGACCGACCCUUCAGGGUAAAUUUCGCGAUAUUGAUGAGGAGUCUUGUUUUUAUGCGUAUAAUAGACGAUUACGAGAUGCACAGACGCAGAAUUUCGUGCUGGAUUUCGGGAAUGAUGAUGCCUGGUGUGCGAUGAAUCUGAAACAGGAGGAUUUCGACCUGUUGCUGCGGAAGCCAAAACCAAAUUGUUUUGGGACUAGGUGGAUUAACAUUUGGGCCCCGGAAGAACAGAAGGAUGUGAUCAAGGAAAUUACGAGCUACUACGGCGUCUCGGAAAGGCUACAGGGGAUGAUGUGUACUGAUCCCGUAGCAGCUCCGCCGAAAGCUCCAGCACCCGUGCAGUCACUGAGGGCUAGCUUCCACAGAAGCAUUGAUCGAUCGCAUCGUCCUCGCAAGGAAGAUCUUGAGGAGGCCGUUUCGUUGAGAAACUUAUCAGAUCCAGACGACAUUCAAAAGGCAGCUUCAUUCCGAGGCCUUACGUUUGCCCAUGUCACAAACCAGAUUUGGCACUUUUGCUCGGUGGAUCACGGACCCCGAUAUACUUGCGUUGGGUAUAACUCGUUAUACGUGAUUCCAAACGUUGAUAUAUCAAACGGGAGAGACCUGCCUGAUGGAAUGAGAUUAUGGUCCUGGUUGAUCCUUUGCGACGAUGGGACUGUCAUAUCAAUCCAGGAGAACCCGUAUCCGCGAAUAUCUGAGCCAAGACCAGAGUCAGAAGUCAAGUCGGUUGUGGGAGUCGUGCGCAGAAACGUGCAGAUGAUAUUUUCAGGUGCUUCCAAGCAGCACUCUGCUUCAUCCGAAAGUGACUCGUUGGUCACCAUUCGAGUGCGAGCGUCUAAUGACCCUCGUUCGGACCACGUCAGUAUACAUCAGGACGAUGGCCCUGGCCUGCUUUUUUACUACAUCUUCGAUGACUGGGUGACGAGUUAUGCUCUGAUAGCAAAGCGCGAGCAUAAGUAUGGAGUCUUGCUGGAUCGACUGAGAGAGGACAUGUUGAACAAACCGGUCGUGGACUUGGUAAAUGAAUUACAUUGGCUAGGCAGAAGAUUGGCAGUCCUACGACGCCUGUACCAAAGCUACGAGCUCAUUCUGACGCGCGUGCUUCAGAGACAGCGCUUGCUGCGCGAUGAGGCACGCUCAAGACAACCGAGAAUGCCACCGAGGCACGUCAUUCAGAGUGAAUCAGAAUUGUCGAGCAACUGCGAAAACUCUGUAGGCGUGCGAUUGAACUCCGCAGCCGUUGCUCGCUUCGAAAGAUUGCUUGAUCGCAUCAAACUGUAUUGCUUAACUGAGAUUGACGCCUGUUUGACAGAGAAAGAGUCUCUCACGUUCCUGAAUUUCAACUUGAUCGCCUUGAAAGAUUCACAGGCUGUCGAGAAGCUGACGAGAAUCACCAUUCUGCUGGCGAAAAUCACGAUUCUUUUCUUGCCAGUCAGUUUGAUGACGGCGUACUUUUCAACCGAGCUCAGAGGUGUCAAAGGAGUGUAUACGCAGGCCGAAUAUUGGAUCAGCUUCGCAGUCAUCAUGGUCCUGUCACUGCUGGUCCUUGUUCUCUUUGGUUACGCAAGCGGCACCAUCGAGGGCAGGCCAAUCUAUCAAUCAUUGUCGCGAACAUUUAUCUCCUCAUCCAAGGACAAACUCGGGCAUCAGCGAAAACAUGUCGACUAG